UAAAAGAAAAAAGGGUUAUGUGACACACUUGCUCUGUACUAUGAGAUCCACAUGGAGUGAUUGGCUCGGAAUGUUUGUUGCUUCACUUUUCUGAUUGGUUGCUGGGAACUUGCUUUAUCAGGGUGGAAGCCCACAUGCAAGCUUGGUCAUUUCAUUGCAGCGAACAGAGUUUGACUUUCAUCUGACUUAUGGUUCCGUGGGCCACCAAACCGACAGUGGAUUCUGGUGAUGGCUGUGUCUCUGCUGCUUGUUUAUUCACAUGUUUUGUUCCUUUUUCUCAUUGGCCGUGUAGCAGCCGGCCUUCACAUGGAACCAGAUCCUUGCAACUCAAACUGUACUGGAUUUCCUACUUCUGACCUGGCACAUCAUGUGGGUGUGAGCUAUACUUACAGGUACAGGACGACAGUGGCCACCAGCCUACAUGGCUCCAGUGGUGGCCUUGUUUUGGAAUGCGAGGUUGAUCUUUUUGUGGUAUCCGAAUGUCAUUUGAUGAUGCAGGUCAGCUCUGUGAAAAUACAUCUAAAAUUUGAUCUAAGAAAGACGCGCUUCAUAUGUAUAUAUGUCCAACAGAUAAGGAACUCCCAGAUAAAGCGACUCUCCUCUCAGGGUGAACAUCCAAUGCUGAGCUUGAAAAAUCUGAGGGAGUCGCUUGAGAAAACACGCCUCAAGUUCUCCCUCAGGGGUGGAAAGGUCACAAACCUCUGUCUCCAGGAGGGGGAGCAGGUGUGGACUCUCAACAUUAAAAGGGCUUUACUGAGCAUGCUCCAGACCUCCCCCAUGGUCAAUGCAUUCAAAGUAGAAAAGGAGACUGAUAUUUAUGGUGAAUGCACAAGUAGAUAUGAGAGAAGAGGGCCUGCACUGCACAAGACCAGAGACCUAAAGCAGUGCCAGCAGUGGAGGCUGGAUGACUUUUGGCCUCAUUCAGUCACUCUGUCUGAAGACAAGCUAUUUCAGAUGGAGUUACACUGUGUUCAGAGACAUGGAGAGACAGUGAUGGAAGAGGUUAACUGCACUGAAACUCUUUCUAUGACAACGCCGGUGCUUGCAAAGACCCAAACCACCUCUUCCUUACUUCUUCUCAGAGCCCAGCCAGGUGUUCCUACGAUAACAGACGAUGCAAGUGUGCAGACUGACAUACAGUUUGAGAAGGAGGGAUUUUUAAAUCUGGAAGAAAACGGAACAUCAGCGGCACAAGAAGUUGGUCAGACGGUGAGGCUUUUGUGCAGGAUCACUUCAGACCUACCAAGGGUUUCCAAAGAGUUCCUUCAGCUUGUGUUCCAGUUAAGAGGGCUAGCGUUCUCUCAACUGAAAACACUUAAGCGAGAAGCAUCUUUCAAGUGCCACAAUGCUUGGCAUCCGUUGUUGGAUGCAUUACCAGCGUGUGGAUCUGAAAGCUGCAUUAUGCUCCUGAGUGACCUGAUUCGGGACAAAGAAGUGGAGGAGGGGCGGGCUCACUCUUUUCUUACCACCGUAGCCCUCAUCCCUCAUCCAUCACCACAGAUCAUUGACUCCAUUACAGCCUUGAUGGAGAUCCCAGAGCUGCGGCCUAAAGUACUGCUGGCUGGAUCAUCUUUGAUCAGUCAGCUGUGCCAAAAGUCACGCACAUCCUGUAGGGAGCUUCCUCAGGUACAAACCUUUGUAAGGAUGCUUCAGAAAAUGCUGAGCGUGGGCUGCGAGGGAGAUACAAUCAGUCAAGUCCAGGAGCUCCUUUACGUCCUGAAAUCUGUGGGAAAUGCUGGUCUGUCUGCUCCUGCCUUCAUCCCACUGUUAACCCGUUGCAUCCUGGGCCAUGCCAGUCCUCCGGAGCUGAGACUCGCUGCUGUCCGAGCUUUCAGGCGCUUUCCCUGCUCAGCCGAUCGGUCGGUGCUGUUGCAGCUUUACAGCUCUUCCCAGGACGACACUGAGGUCAGAAUUGCUGCAUACCAGCAGCUCAUGCUCUGCUCCGGCCCGGACGUGUUUGACGCGGUGAAGACAACACUGAGGAGCGAGACAUCCAGCCAAGUGGGCUCCUUUGUAUGGAGUCAUCUGACAAACCUCCUAAGAAGUGAAGACCCGAUGAAGCAGGCUUUGAUCCACACGCUGCCGGAUGACAUCAUCAGCAGAGGUUUUGAAGGAGAGUUUCUCAAAUACUCUUCCUUCUCAGAACAAACCUUUGUCUCAGGUUUAGGAAUUCAUAAUGUGGAAACCUCACUGAUUUUCUCUCCAAAGUCCUUCCUACCCAGAUCAGCGUCUGCCAAUGUGACAAUGUAUGUUAAUGGUAGAGCCUACAACAUUCUGGAGGUGGAUAUCCACAUUGACAACGCUGAGCCACUUCUGCUGAACUUCUUUGGAGACAGAGCAGAGAGGAAACCUGCUGCUGAUCAUGAGAAACCCAGAGAGGGAGGGAACAAGAGGAAAACCAAGGAGAGCAAAGGAGCAGGAAGAGACAAGUGUUCGUCGACCACAGACAGUUUUCUGAAUCAGUCCAUGUCCAUGGUGUUUGUUAGAAAAAAACCAGAGGAGAACGAGCCUAGAUGUUGGGGAGGCGUGAAGGUGUUUGGGAAUGAGAUCAGUGUUUUUACCUGCGAGAUCUACAGACAUGUCAGCCAACUGUCACCCAGCAUGGCUGAACUGGCUCUGAAGCUCCUGAAGGGUCUUGAUGUUCAUCUCAGACACAUGACCCCCCUGCUGGCAGAGACGCUGGUUUUGCCGUCUUUGUCUGGUCUGCCUUUGGAACUGAGCCUGAACCUUACGUCGAUGUUUUCACUGCACCUUAAUGGCAAGCUCAACUACAGGGAUCCAUCACAUUACUUCUUGAAUGGAUUCAUCAAACCCAGCUUCUAUUCGAGCUUGUCUGCAACAAUGGGAGUUCACAGUGUGUUGGGUCAGGCGGGAGUGCAGUGGAUUGGUGAGCUGAGGAGCUCCACCAGUCUGGAUGGCAGCAUCCAGCUGGAGGAGGGGAGGGACAUCAGGGUGGUGCUGAGCACGCCAGAAGACUUAAUGGACAUCAUUUCUCUCAGCUCCAGAGUGUUUCAGCUCAGUGGAGGCCACAGAGAGGAGAUAAAUGGGUCGGAAAGUCAAGUCCACAAAACCACAUGCACACCAAAAUCUUGGUCCAAGAUAAUCGGCUGGCAACUGUGCUUUAACGCCUCUUAUCCACCAGCUGCUACCGGUUUGACUUUCCCACUAUUUAAACCAGCCCUUCUCUCCCUGAGACUCCUAAAGCUGGACAGGAGUCUCCAGUAUUACCUGGUAGAGGCUGCAUACUUCCUACGUCAUCAGAAAGGUUCCUGGCUCCCCAGAGAUGCCUCCAUUCACCUCCUGCUUGCCACCCCUCAGUCCUCCGUUCCCAGGGACAUGUCUGUAGACCUGGUCAUCAACCCUCACAGAGUUCUGCUCAGAGUCACCCAUCCACUGAAAACCAUCCAAAUACAAGGACAACUUCAACAAGAGAAAAAUAUAAAGUCUGGGAAAUUGGAGUUUAUAAUUGAUAGUUUUUAUUAUUAUAUCACGGCAAGUAAUGGAUUGUACUAG